AUUUUGAUUAAAUUAUUUAAGGACACUAAAAUGUAUUUUAGCAAGAUUGUUAGUGAAGUUUUUGACCAAGAUAUUUUGAGAAAAAGGGAUUAUUAUAUCUUUGUGGUUUUUUGGUUAUUUCCUAUUAUUUUUCAGGUUACUUAAUUUAGAAAAUCGUUCUUACUAAAAUAAUACCAUUUCUCCGUUCUAUAAAACCAGUUUCACAAUAGCUAAACCAACAACAUACACCAAUAUUCAAAAUAUUUUUCACUUAAUAUACUCAACAAAAUACAAAAAAUGGAGAAAAUAUCAAUGAAGUUUGCUUUCGUUGCCUUCUUUGUUGUUACAUUCGUGAUGUGUAUCAUAACUAUACAAAAUGUUGAAGCAAGGCGUGUAUUAUCGGAAGAAAUUCCACAGAUUGCGUUGCAUCGUGAUGAGAACCGAUGGGGUCUUGGGUGCAAAAAAGGAUGUCAUUUGAUAUGUUAUGCUCCUGAUCCAACUUUUCCUAUAUGUCGUUGUAUAUGCUAAUUUUUAUACACCCCCUCGUUUAAUCAAAUAAAUAAGAUAUGUUUUAAUUAAUAAAAUAAAUU